UUCUGGUGUGUAGCGUUAGUACACUGUGUUUAACUAGCUGAAUUAUGGCGAUUUUAACACGAAUAAUAUCUGUCCUGAAGCUCUACGUGGUCGGCGUGAAGCUUCUGCUUUAUCAGCUCAUUCACCGGCCUUUUAUUUCUCCAGUCUUGCCAGAACAGAAUGGAAAGGUUGCCAUAGUUACAGGAGGAACACGUGGAAUCGGGUUCGAGAUAGUGAAGCGACUCCUAAAUCUGGGAAUGCAUGUUAUUAUAGCUUCUCAUGAUAAACAACAAGGCCACAUUGUGAUGGAACGGCUUCAUAAAGAGAGCAGUGAAGCUCGAGUGGACUUUGAGGUUCUGGAUCUGGCCUCCCAGAAGUCUGUGCGAGAAUUUGUCAGACGGUUUAAGGAACGGAAACUUCCCUUACACGUACUCAUCAACAACGCGGGUGUGAUGCUGGUUCCUGAAGAGGAAACAGACGACGGUUUUGAGCUUCACUUCUCUGUAAACUACCUAGGACACGUUCUCUUGACUCGCCUCCUUUUGGAUACGCUGAUUCAUUCUGGGAUGGAGGAAUGUUCUAGAAUAAUUAGCAUUUGCUCUUCAGCGCACUACGUGUCUGAUAGAAACCUACAGGACUUCUACAGCACGAAGGAUUAUAGUUCUCAUUCCUCGUACGCUCGAAGUAAGCUGGCACAGCUCCUGUUCACCUACCACCUCCACCAGGAGCUCCAGUCUGGAGGCUGCGCUGUGACGGUGAAUGCUGUAGACCCGGGCAUGGUGGACACCGAGCUGUACCACCACAUGAGCUUUCCAGAAAAAAUGGCACAAAAACUCAUCGCCUGUCUGCUGUUCAGGACCCCAGAGCAGGCAGCAGAAACAGCCGUGUACGCAGCCACGUCUCAGGACUUCGAAGGCAUUAGCGGCUGCUAUUUACAUGAAGGAAUACCUGUAAAAUCGUCUUCAGCUUCUUAUGAUGCCCAGCUCCAGGCUGAACUUUGGAGAAACACCUGCAGACUGCUACGACUCCCAGUUAGCAUAAAGUAGAUUUUUUUUAAAGAUAUUACAGGAUAAUAAGGGAAAUUAGUUAUUCAAUUAGUUUUUCAAUUAAAGCAGCAUUUUCUUUAUGUUUGACUGACGAGGAGUGAAGCGUACUGCUGUGAGUGUGAAGGCAUGUUUUUGAGUUGUUUCUGUUCAAUUUUUUUUCAUCUUGAUAGUAUUAUUACACUUUUACGUUUGUCUUAACUAUUUCUCUGCGCCGAAAGACUGUGAAAAUGUAAAGAAUUACUUUAUUCUGCUAUAAAAAUGUAUAAUGUUGUUAUUUGUA